ACUUUGUCUGAUCUACGCUUAUUAUGACAGAUUGUGGGGUCAUAGGCUAGUUGUGAAUGUUUAUAUAGAACAGUCUGUAGAACGUAAAGCUGUCGAACUGUAAGUACUCUGCAUAAUGAAUACAAUUCAUUUGUAGGGAAGCGAACUGGAUUAUUCGUAAUUACUUUAAGAAGAGCUCUCUGAGCUCUCUCCAGCCUGAACAUGUGGGUUUUCGCAGAACUGCCCCAGGCUAUAAUUCCAUACGACAGAAUAGACUGAGCAAGGGCAUAAUAGACAAUUUUCAUUGUAUGGAAAUCAGAGAUUGACCUGAGUCUUUUAAAGACAAACAUGAGCUUUCUGAUUCGAGAAGUGACAGAAUCAAUGUGCAGUUUCCAGUUAAUUUCACUAUCUAUAAUUACACCUAGAUAUUUAAUAGAGGAGACACGCUCAAUUGGAGUACAAUUACAAUCUGACAAAAAAUUGGGAUGCUCAGAGCAUGUAUGUAGGAUUGUUGAGAAGGAUAGCGCUGAUUGAGAGGGAACAUGGGGUGCAAAGGGAAUAAACUUGGUUUUGGAUAGAUUGAGUGCUAGAUAAUUAGACUUUUGUCAAAUAGAGAUGUAAUUAUGUUUUCCGAUUCGUCAUCUUGAAUCUUCACGAUUCGACUUAGAAUAUGUAUGUGUGACAUCAAAAAGGACCAGGCAUAGUGGUGCAAGCCUAGAAGUCUUUCUUUCUUUUCUGUAAAUAAGUCAUGCCAUCUCGAAUAUCACAUGACAUUGACAAUCCAAUUGUGCAAUGAAUGAAAAUGUUUGGUUUUGUUUGGGAUCUGUUUGUUUACCUCUUUAUUUUGUGAAAAAAUGUCUGUAAACUUCGAAUUCAGUAAUACGGAAAGUAAGAAAAUAUGCCGCGUGUGCCUCACGGCAGGCGACAAUGUGUAUGCAAUGACUAAUUCUGAGAUAUUUACGUAUAGAGAUGUUGUGCCGACGAGGAGUUUUAAGGUUGUAUCAAACUACUCGGAUAUGUUUAUAUGUAUUUAUUGUGGUUGCUUGUUGCGGAAAGUGCAGAAGUUUGUGCAACAUUGCCUUAGAGCGGAGGAGAUCCUGUCUAACUGUUAUCAACAGGACUCAAAACUAAACACUAACAAACUCCACGAUUUCACCACUAAAACAGAAACUUACAAGUAUCCUGAGGAUGAUGAAUCUGACGGUGAUUAUUAUGAUGAUGUGCCACUUGUGAUGUUGAAGACUGAUGAUGAACUGUUUCCUAGGAGUAAGGAGAAGGAAGUAAAAACCGAGGAGCCCGUAAAGACAGAAGUGCAAAGUGAAGAUACAGUUCAACAAACAAGCGCCAUGACAAACAGACAGACAAAGAAAGUAAAGCAAAAGAGACAGAAAGUGGUCAAAGAGGGCUUCUCAUCCCGCAUGGUGCAGGAGACCGAUGAGUAUGUGGUUAUAAAGCUGACUAAGGAACAGGUUCUAAAAGAAAUGGAAGACCGCUCGAAGUCGGCGGAGUACCAGCGCAGUUUGUACAAGUGUGAGAAGUGCGUUAAAGGGUUCAACUUUGAAGAUGUUCUUAUGACUCACAUGCAGAAGCACACAAGUGAGAAUGGCUCCCUGAAAUGUGAGAUCUGCUCUCAAUACUGCCCCACCGCCGUCUCGCUGCGUGGGCAUAUGAAGUCUCAUACUACCAGGUACUCAUGCAAAGUAUGCGGUAUCCAGCGCGGCGCCCGCCAACAUUUGCUGGAACAUUACGCUAUAGCGCACACCGACAACAGCGCCACCUACCGCUGUCAGCAUUGCUCGUUCACAUCCAACAAACGCACAGUAAUGCAACGCCACGCGCGUUCUCACACAAGCGACAGGCACGCGUGUCACCGCUGCGGGGAACUGUUCAAGAGCUUGGAGACUCUGAGAGUGCAUGCCGCUCGCCACGACAAAUCGCGAAUGUUGCAAUGCGCCCAGUGUCCUAGCAGUUUCGUGUACCCAAGCUUGCUGAGGAGACACAUCAGAGCGGUGCACGAACAGACAGACCACUAUUGUGUGGAGUGCGAUCUGAAGUUCAAGACUCCGGAAAAUCUGCGGAUACAUUUCAAAAGGGCGAAAAGACAUCGUGACGCUUCAUCUUACAAGCACUCCUGUCCGCAUUGCUCGCAGCAUUUUGUGACAGUUUCGUCUCUCGCCGGCCAUUUGUCUUCAGCUCACGGUGUCCCUAAACAACACAGCUGCGACACGUGCGGGCGCGCGUACAGCUCGCGCUCGGCGGCGCGCGCGCACGCCCGCGCCGCGCACGCGCACGCGCCGCCGUCCGAGACGUGCGCGGUGUGCCACAGGAGCUUCACGCGCAAAAGCGUGCUGUUCGCCCACGAGCGCACGCACUCCGGCGAGCGGCCGUUCUCGUGCGCGUGCGGCGCCGCCUUCGCCCAGCGGGCCACGCUGCGCGCGCACACGCUACAUAGACACGCACAGAAAGAUGAAAACACAUUAAACGAGAUCGCGCCGGAAAUCCCGAGUGAAGGGUGACUGAAUAAAUAAAAAACUCAGUUGAAAG